AUGAACGGAACUUGUGCUGCCCUUUAUACCCCUGAUACAAAAUGGAGCUUCUGUCCCAACAUCGGUGCCGCCUACUUGUUUACCGUCCUAUUCCUUCUCACCACUUUAGUUCACUUGGCUCAAGCUAUCUUCUAUAGAAAGGCAUACUGUUGGGUCGUUGUAGCAUCAGGACUAGCACAGAGUCUUGCGUAUAUAUUCAGAGUCGCUAGUAUAAAAAGUCCUGCCAGUUUUGGAGAUUAUGCAGCUUGGUUUGUUCUGAUUUUGAUUGCACCACUUUUCACAAAUGCCUUCACAUAUAUGGUCAUGGGAAGGAUGAUCUGGAACUAUAUCACAGAUGCUACGAUAUGGAAAAUAACGGCAUGGAGAUUUGGACUCUACUUUGUGAUUCUAGAUAUUGUAGCACUCCUCAUUCAAGUUUAUGGAGCUGCGUCUGCGUCCAGUGACACCGCAACUCAAAGUGAAAUCUUAGAUGGCCUUCAUGUCUAUAUGGUUGGUGUUGGAAUACAGCAAUUCUUCAUCUUUGUUUUCCUCUUCUUCGCCUUCAAGUUUCAUCAGACACUUCGCGACCAGUCCCGUCGAAACUCCUAUACUCCACGACAAGCAUGGUCCUUACUCUAUGCCUUAUAUGCAGUCAUAUUACUGAUUACUAUCAGAAUUAUUUUCCGUCUUGCUGAAUACUCCCAAGGCCUCAAAAGUAGCAUUCCCAAUCACGAAGCAUUCCAGUACUCUCUCGACUCUGUACCAAUGUUUUUUGCUCUCGUUAUUCUUAACAUCUUUCACCCUGGUCGCAUCAUGGCGGGUCAAGAUUCAAGUAUUCCAGGGAGGAAAGAGAGGAAGGGCGUCGACUUCAGAACAAAGAUGCAGAAGAUUGGAAAUAGCGACAUUGACGAAGUUCAGAUGGUGUAA